AUGGAUAAUGAAAUCACUAUCCUGGGAAAAAGGGGCGUACGUGUUGAUGGAAGAUUUCUUUCGAACCUUCGUUUCGCGGACGACAUCGUUCUCUUUUCGAGCAGUACCAAUGAAGCAGAAACGAUGCUCAACGAAUUGAACGAAGCAGGGAAGAGAAUAGGACUACGAAUAAACAGAAAGAAGACACAGUUCAUGAAGAACGCCGACGUGUUCGCUGCACGGAUGGACCAGCUGAGAGCUCAGCUGGAUACGGCCCAAGGACCUCGUCAAUGUCACUCACGAAGCUUGAGAACAUCUUGGAUGAAAAUGGCGAGGGAACGAAACGAGUGGAAGAGAUGCUGGGGCCUCACAUCCAGUGAAGAGUCCAGUCUAAGUAUCUAA